AUGUCAGACUACAUUCCUUCGGAAAUCCUAGUGGAAAUCUUAAAACGACUUCCUGUGAAGUCAGUGCUUCAACUAAGAUCCGUUUCAAAACCAUGGAAAUCUUUGAUCGACAGCUCUGAGUUCAUUGCUGGCUAUGGCGCCCACCAAACUCAGCCACGGAGUCUACUUGUAACGUACAAGAAUCCAGAGAGUGAACACCCUGACGAAACAUAUGCUUCAUUGGUUGAUGAUGAGACCUUCGUCCCACAAGAGAUCCGUCUGACAAUUCCUGUGCUCGCUAAACUACUUAUGCCAUCACGCGUAAUCGGUACCUCACAUGGAUUGGUCUGCUUGUCUGCUAAUGAUCCAUAUCAAAAUGAUCACAAACCUCUCGGAAGGAAGAUGGCUGUUCUUUGGAAUCCUUCAAUUAGAAAAUCAGUUGGUGUAACAGUGCAUGUUGCGGUAGUCGGAGAGUUCUGUCUAACAAUCCGCAAAUUAAUUCUCUUAAAUUCCCACAGCGUCAGAAGGAAAGACAUACCUGACAGUUUUGCACGACAGCCUUGUCCAUAUUUUUCCAUCUCAAAGGUGUCCGAGGCUCUUGUUGUGCUUAAAUACAAUACUGUGGGGAUCGGAGAUUGGGCUGUAUGGAUCGUGGAUGAUGGUGUUCCAAAUUCAUGUACAAAGCUAUUCACCAUUAGCAAUGUACCACGUGCAAUACGCUUGAGUACAGUACUGGGAUUUACAGAGAGGAGUGAACUUGUAAUUGAAAGACAAGCUGAUCAAGAUGUUCGUGGGUGGAGAAAGAGCUCGUUGUUUGUCUAUGAACCAUGCUCAAAACACAUCAAUGAUAUUGGGAUUGAUGGAAUCCAAGGUUCAUUUUCUGUUGGUUACUACAUGGAAACCCUACUUCUGCAUGAUCAGUCGGAUUCUAGUGUUUAUGUUGAAAAUGGUGUUGGACCGUUGAAUUUCCAGUCGUGGAUAAAUUCGCUGCCCGAUGAGGUCCUGUCCAUCAUGUCAACACCUCCCCUACCCAAUCGGCCCCGUGGUUUUUCCAUUUUAACUUUGCUAAGGAAACUUUGUAACAUCUUUUAA